GCAGGUGUCGGUUCCAGAGAGGAGCGUCGGGCGGUGAGAGGCGGAGCCGCUGCCGCCGCCGCUGGAGCGGCACUGCCAACGCAUUUCCUCAUCUACUCCCGACAAGCCUCCACCGCAGCGCGGCUCGCUCCACUCACCGCCCUGCGAGAUGUACCGAUACCUGGGAGAGCUCCUGAGCCGCGGGGCGGGCGGCGCGCUGGCCUCCGCGGACUCCGCUCUGCCCGCCGCGGCCACCUCACUGGCGCGGAGCCGCGGCUACAGCCAGGCCGUGGACCAGGACGACGACCCCAACUUCUUCAACAUGGUGGAGGGCUUCUUCGACCGCGGCGCUGCGAUCGUGGAGGACAAGCUGGUGGAGGACCUGAAGACCAGGGAGACUCCGGAGCAGAAGAGGAACCGCGUCCGCGGGAUUCUGCGGAUCAUCAAGCCGUGUAACCACGUCCUGAGCCUCAACUUCCCCAUCAAGAGGGACAACGGAGAGUGGGAGGUGAUCGAGGCGUACCGGGCGCAGCACAGCCAGCACCGGACGCCCUGCAAGGGAGGAAUCCGUUACAGCACCGACGUGUGCCUGGACGAGGUCAAAGCUCUGGCUUCACUCAUGACCUACAAGUGUGCUGUAGUAGAUGUGCCGUUUGGUGGAGCUAAAGCUGGAGUGAAGAUCAACCCAAAGAAAUACUCGGAUGGGGAGUUGGAGAAGAUCACUCGCAGGCUGACCAUCGAGCUCGCUAAGAAGGGAUUCAUCGGCCCCGGGAUCGACGUCCCGGCCCCCGACAUGAGCACCGGUGAGAGGGAGAUGUCGUGGAUCGCUGAUACCUUCUCCACCACCAUGGGUCACUACGACAUCAACGCCUACGCCUGCGUCACCGGGAAGCCGAUCAGUCAGGGCGGGAUCCACGGACGCGUCUCGGCCACCGGACGGGGAGUCUUCCACGGCAUCGAGAACUUCAUCAACGAGGCUGCCUUCAUGAGCCAGCUCGGCAUGUGUCCCGGGUUCCAGGACAAGACCUUCGUCAUCCAGGGUUUCGGUAACGUGGGUCUUCACUCGAUGCGUUACCUCCAUCGUUUCGGAGCCAAGUGUGUCGGAGUCGGGGAACUGGACGGAAACAUCUGGAACCCCAAAGGCAUCGAUCCCAAAGAGCUGGAGGACUACAAACUGGCCAACGGAACGAUCGUGGGUUUCCCGAACGCGACGCCGUACGAAGGAAGCAUCCUGGAGGCGGACUGUGACAUCCUGAUCCCGGCCGCCGGGGAGAAGCAGCUGACUAAAUGCAACGCCCCCAAAGUGAAGGCCAAGAUCGUCGCGGAGGGAGCCAACGGGCCGACCACGCCCGAGGCCGACCGCAUCUUCCUGGAGAGAAACAUCAUGGUGAUCCCGGACAUGUACCUGAACGCCGGCGGGGUCACCGUCUCCUACUUCGAGUGGCUGAAGAACCUGAACCACGUCAGCUACGGCCGACUCACCUUCAAGUACGAGCGCGACUCCAACUACCACCUGCUGAUGUCGGUCCAGGAGAGUCUGGAGAGUAAGUUUGGGAAACACGGCGGAUCCAUUCCCGUCGUCCCCACCUCCGAGUUCCAGGCCCGCAUCUCUGGAGCGUCUGAAAAAGACAUCGUCCACUCCGGACUGGCCUACACCAUGGAGCGUUCUGCAAGGCAAAUCAUGCGAACAGCCAACAAGUACAACCUGGGUCUGGACCUGCGGACGGCGGCGUACGUCAACGCCAUCGAGAAAGUGUUCAAGGUUUACAGCGAGGCCGGCCUCAUCUUCACAUAGAGUCUGUUACCAGCUACCAGCCUCCCACCCUCUCGUUACGUUCUGCUGGUCACAAGUUGUUUGCGUUUCAUAAACGAAAUGCGAUUGUUUACGUCUCGUUUUCUUCUUCUCCUGGAUCGCUGCUUCGUCCUCGUUUGAAGGAAAUGAGUUGAAUGUUUAUUAUUGGAAGAAAAAAAAAAAAGCUUCUUUUCACACAAAGUGGGGAAAAAAGUGAUCCAGAGACCAAAGUGUGUCUG